CACCUCCCCGCGACAUCCUACCCGAUGCGCCGCCCGACGCCCCACCCGACGCCUUCCCCGACGCCCUACUCGACGCCCCACCCGACGCCCCACGAUUUUCCGAACCUCCCCAACCGCCCCCUUCUACAGCCUGCUCCGUUCAGCAGCGGAAGAAGAUGGCGCGACGUUGCAACGAUCCGAACCAAGCUGCACGCAGUGCGGCGUACCUGUCCCUCCUCUCCAAGGUCACGAUCUGCAUGAACGAGAUCCCGCUUGAUGCCAUCCUGAAGCGAUUAGACGAGGCGGUUCGCGACCGGCAAGCUCUCGGCGCUGAGCUACUGGUUGCUGGUCAACGCGCGCUGACGGGAGUGGCCUUUCGACAAGGGGUUGCGUACGGGAUGGCGGCCCAGUCGAUUCGCACGAGGCUGCCAUAAACAUCUUCCUUGUCCUCCGUCCUCCGCCCCCCGCCCCCCGCUCCCCGCCCUCCUCCGUCCCGCCGCCCCCCGACUUGCUCUCCUCGCUGCCCGUGGCGCUCGGUGGCUGCAUGCUGGUGACGACCCUGCGCUAUCGCCGUGCUGAGGCAUGGCCGUCCGCUGGGGCCGCACUGGAUCAUCUACGUCACGGCGGGCUUGCUGGAGCGGUGACCGGCUGUUGUAUCGUUGUGCCGUCCGCGAGCUCAGCUGGGUCGCUCCUUGGUGCCUCGGUCGGCUUCUUCUUGAGCUUGUUGGCCUGUUCUUCAUUGCUAUCACAUUUAUCUUCCGUCUAUGGCUGAUCGCAACGCCCUUCGACUUCUUGUUCAGGAUGGCUCGAGCUGGUGUGCGGCCUCGUUGUCGUGUCGUGUGUCAGGUGUCGUUCAUCGGCGAUCGCUCAUGGCACGGGUCCGUUUGCUUCGCUCCCUUCUUUGUGGUGGGUUGCUGCUCUGACACGGAACCCGUCAUUCUGGCAAAGGGCUGGGGGUGGUCAUCAGAGGGUCCCCUUCUCACCGCGGUCGUGCUCUCGGCCGACGGCGCGCGGGAGUCGCAGUGCGUGGUCCCCUUCAUAGGUGUGCCUGUGGUGUUGGAGCUUUUCGUGUGGGGGAUCUCUGAAUCGUCGGCUUCGCUUUUAAUGCCUGCGUCGUCCUAGAGUGUACUGAGUGUGCCAGGCGCCGCGGUCUGGACGGGGCUGGGGGAUCUGCGUUGCUCUCGAGGGGGGCAGGAUUCGUCCGCCCUGCUGGGCGGGACAGCAGUGGCAGGGGAGUGGAGCAGACCGCAUCGCGCGCCGCACCUUCGUUUCAAGUUUUCCACGCUUAGGGGCGAAACCUGCGAGGGCUGUCAGCAGCGGAGUCCG